AUAUUCUGAAAGGAACAAUGUCGAAACAAACAAGAAUGGAAUUGAACAAAUGUAUUUCAUCUCGAUUAUGGUACACGUCUCUAAAUAUCUUUCACAUAAACAAUGAUAGCAACUUCUUGAAGGAAUUCCAUCACAAUUGCUGUGUCGACUUGCCAGAAUUGGAAGCUAUAAUUGAAAGUUUAACACAUUCUCCAAGUGAAGAGCAAUAUCAAUGGAUCGCCUAUAUAUUGCUAUCAAAACUCAUAGACAGCAAAUCAUCCAAUAUUCAUUCCGAAAUUCAGUGCAAUAUUCAAACGCAACUCAAUUGUAUACAAAUAAAAAAUGCAAUAGAGUUAUGUGGUAAUGUACCAGACUAUUUAUAUAAGGGAUUAUUUUUUCUUCGAGACAUAAGCAAUGCAGAACAUAGCGUAAAAUAUACUUCGACUACUACAUUUAAACAGAUUCUUACAUUCCUAAAAGAAAAUAUAUAUAUUAAUACAGAAAUUGUUUGUUGGAUUAUAAAUAAAUUAAUAUCUAUAGUGCCAAAUGCAUAUGAUAUUGUUAAUGACUUGCAAAAUGUUUGUUUUGAUGCAUUGAAAUCAUGUCUAGAACACACACCAGUCAGAAGGACUUGGUAUUUAAAUCAUGAAGCAAUUAAUUCCUUCGAAGCUGAUUCAACUAUUCAUAACAAUUCUUUACAAGUUGUUCUAUGUCUUUUGUCAAAAAUGGAUAUAGGCGCAGAUGCAGAAAUGGAAUUUUUAAAAACGAUAUGUCCUACACUGUCAAAAUCAUAUCAUAUUAAAGAUAUUGAAUUUGCAUUGUAUUCAAGAAAAGAUAACAAACUGUUAAGCAAGUGGCUUUCAUUUUGGAAUAAAAUGCAUGCGUGUUCUGAAAGCGUGACUAAUUUACUCACCGCAUAUAAAAUCAGUGAGAGCAUAUUUAAGUUAACAAAAAAUUCUCGAAUUAUAUUAUGUAAACAACAACUACUUAAAAGAAUAAGUACAAGGAAAUUGCAUUGGUUAAAUGAUAUUUUGGAUAUAUGUUAUACAUUGACUAUAGAAAAAAAAUACAGCGAAGUUGAAUUGUUGUUAUCAUGUGACUUAUUAAAGAGAUUAUAUCCUGUGUUAUUGUUCAAAAUAUUAAAUGAUUGUCCACAUGAGGAAAUUAAUUUUCUUGAAAAUUGUGAUAGUAGCAUUUUUAUCUGCGAAUCCAUCAAUUUCUUUCUAGAAAAAUGUUGCUUUAAUCUAUACAACGAUUGUGAUUUAAACAAAUUAUAUACACUCUUAAAAAGCCAUAUCAGAAUUAUAGAAUAUAUUUUACAAUGGAAAAAAAAUCACUUUAUAAAAACGAAAUUAGAUACUGAAAAAUUAAAAAAUUCACAAAUCGACUCGAUUGAACAAAUAAUAUCUGUGAAACAGAUUCUGUCUCUUUUACAAAAACACAAUGUACUUUCCAUCUUGAAACUCACAAUAAAUAUACAUGAUCAAGAUCACAGUACCAUCCAAAAUUUACUGAAAGAGACUUCUGUGAGUGAAUCUGGGAUCUUUCAAGCAUAUUGCUGCAUAAUAAAUGCUUUAAAAGCUAUUCUUUUAUGUGAAUUUUAUAACACAGAGUAUGAACAGAUUAUUAAAUAUUUCACAGAAAUGGUAUCACAUUUAUCCUCUCUGUUACCUUUAUCGUUAAGGAUAGAAACGAUGGAAAAUAUAUUUUCCUUGUUGUUUUUGCGCUAUGAAGAUUUCAAUAUUACAAACGCUAGUUCCAAAGAUGAUGAUUACAAUAUUCGUAAAUUGAUAGAAUAUGAAAAGUCAGGCUUUAUAGCUGAUAAAUAUGCUGUAAGAGACACACUAUAUUAUUUAUGGAAGAGUACUGUGAUUACAACAGAAGAAAUCAAUAAAUUGCGAGUACUCGGGUUGCACGAAGAAAUGCAAAAACUUCAUGAAGAUAUAUCUACCUUUACAUCAACUCUAAUAGACACUCGAUGGAGAUUAAAAUUUUAUAUGGGACCUUAUUUUAUUGAAGACGUUGGUGUUCCAGGAGAUGAAUCUGAUAAUUCCACCGUUAUAAAUAAAUCAGAAUUUGUAAUCUCUCCAAAAUUAAGUUUUCCACAUCACAUCAAAGAAGAUAUACUUUUUUAUAAAAGGGAUAGCGCCUCGGAUGAAACUAAAGUUAAAUCUGACAGUAGCUCGGAAUCCAGCUUAUUGGGUAGCAAUAAACGCAGAAAACGUUUAAAGAGUGCUACAGCAAUGGCAGAUUGUUUAACAACGAAAGAUAAAUUAUCCUUGAUAAAUUUAAUGCUGGCUUCGAAAGAAAACCUAAUUUUGCAUUGUUUAUGGAAAGGCGAUUUUCAGAAAGCGCAAGAAGUAAUUAAGAUGUUCUCUAUGGAAAAUACACGAUUAGAUGGCGAGAUUCGAUUUUCAGAAGCGCUUCGCUUAUUUAAACGGGAUUUAUUUAAACACCUUUAUACCUUAGACACGACAGAUUAUUUUAAAGAAAGCUCAGCGACUUCUACAUUAGAGAAUAUAAAACUCGCUGCGCAGGAAGGUGUACAAUCUUCUAGGCACAUCAAUCAACUUGAAACAUUUCUGGCAUCUCAACAAGUACAUUUACGAAUGUUAGAUACGGAUAUUCUGCCUAGCAACGAACUGUUAACUCUUAGCGUGCUAGAUCUAAGUCUGACUAUAAGUCAAACGCAUCAAAUCUCGAAUAAUCUAUGCAACGUAGCCAUGAAAUAUCUGAAACUCUGCAAGACGUUUGACGGCACGGGACAUGCGAGUUUCUUCUCGAAGAUCUAUCAAUUGUUUUACGAAAAUAAGAAUGCAUCGGUGACAACUAUACUGUGUGAUGCCAAAAUUCCAUUAUACAUAAAGGAAUGGAGAGAGAACAUUGCCGUUUGGAGCGAAUUUGAGAAUAAUUAUCGCGUGUUUUACGAUCUUGAGAGAACGGAGACCGAAACGCGUUCUUGUAAUGAUAAUUAUGUUUUAGGAUUGGAAAUGAUAGAAAAAAUGUCUAAUAUUUUUAAUAACGAGAAAUAUCUUUAUAAUAUCUAUUCUCAUCUACAGCUUGUAUCCACUAUUAUUCCAGAUGACAGUAAUGUACAGACAGUGUCUGAUUUAUUAAAGACACCGUUGCAUCAUUAUUUUGGAUAUCAGAUAUUCGAUUUGAUGGUAGAACCAGAUAAGCUCGAAAGGAUUGCUUCUAGUUUGCAAGUGAAUUUAAUAUACAGCAUCCUUGUAAAUGCAUGUCCUAGUAUUUCUUGUUAUACCGAAAGAAACUGCAAUAGUAUUAAGGGUUCUGAAUGCGUUAUACUGAAUCAAAAUCGAGAAGAAUCGAACGUAAAAAAUGUUACAAUUAAAGGACCGAAUCAAUGCGUCUCAGAAAUAUUGACAGAGCUCCUGCAAGUUCUGUACAAUAUAAGUUCGGGACGAUCUCAUUUAGAUAACUUAUAUUUAAGAAGCAUUUCUGAUCAUAUAGACGUACGGACGGUGCUAAGUAAAACAGCGAGUCUUGCUAGUCUCGAUCUCAGUGAAUUAUCUGUAGGAGAUGAAACAUUGACAUUUUUCUUGAACGUUUGGAACAUCAUGUUCCUUCAUGCGAGUUUGGAUGUGUGGUCCAAGGAUCUGCCCAUCAAAAAUUUAAGGCACACCAUUUCCUUAAUGUCGAUUGGUUACAUGAUUGGUGAUCUAGGCCUAGUGACACUUGCCGCUCUCCGAUCAAAAUUACUGGGUAGCCUCGCAAAUGACUUUAAAUUCUUCACACGAGUGGAGGAGCUCAACGAAUUGGCAUGGCAGGAUUUAGAUCUCGUGCAAAAUCCCAAAAUUAUCUUCGCGAUGGCUAAUGAAUUUUACGGCACGCCUGAAAUUCGUGUGUACGAGACGCAGACAUUGAAUGAUGCAUUGAACGAUGCGGCUCGCAAUUAUAUUACAUAUUACUCAUUGGCAUCGUCCGAUAACGAAUUCAUAGAUGAAUCAAGACGAAAAAUCAGUUUACCCGAUAUCGUGCGGCAAUAUCAAAACAUAGUUUCACGAAAUACUGAUAUCAGGACGACGAACGCUAAUGAGAAUUUGCUCCCAAUAGAAGGUUUCGAAAACUUAAACGACAGUACAGAUAUAAAAUAUAUUGCGUCCAAUUAUACAUAUGAGGUGAUAUUAAAAUAUUCUAAGCAUAAUUUGUCUAGCGUCACAACCACAGAUACUACGGAAACAUCUCUCUGGCAAACUCAGAUACUAAGGCCUAGUUUAUUGCAAUAUCUCGAAGGACAUUGUUGGCUCCUCUCUUAUCUUAUACAGAGAAUGCAUAACGAAAAUCCGACUAUUUUGGAAAAUAGUUACGAUAAUAUAAAACGUACCGCAUGUCUUGAGAAUCUCUUAAAUUCCCCGUGGGUCUACAAACUGAAGUCGUUGUUUAAUAAUAAUCAAACUCUUGCCGCUAUUUACGAUAACGUACCUAUGCACGAAUUAUGGUGUUAUUUCGAACUUGGCGAAGAUCGUAAUUGGCAGAAUUCUUUGGAGAUAUUAAACGCACUGUCUGACAAUGUCAUGAAAUAUAAUACAGAGUUGCAGCGUUUUAAGGAUUUGCUUUUAAGUCACGCGCUCUCCAAUCUGGGUGUUCUUUCUAUUACAAAAAUGCUGCAGUAUUUAUAUCAAAUCAAAGAUAUAUACAUAUUGGCGCAAACGAUAUUACACAACGUCAACAAAUGGCCUAUGAUUCUAUGCGAGCACGCAUUGAUUCACGCGUUGCAACACGAGUAUAGUUACAAAUUGCCGGCGCAUUGCAAGCACCGGAUGAACGGCAUCUUGUGUAGAAUAACGAUCUUUCAUAAAAUGAUCCCAUACUGCAUGAGUAGAUCGAACAGUACGUGGUAUGACAUCGUAUAUUGCACAGAGAGGAUCGAUCCGUUUGAAAUUAUGAAGUCUUUGAUUGACGCGGAUCAAUUCGAGUUGUGUUUAGAAUGGUUGGGAUGUCAAGCGUUUUCUCUGGAAAUGCAAACUCCCGUGAUGCAAGACUUUCUAAUAGGCCUUUUGAAAAAUGAACAACAAAAUUUCAAACAAGCUCUAAAGUUUCUUCAAGCGUUAUCGUCAAGUCAGUCAAUGAAGAUAUGUAAGGGAGUUCUGAAAAAAUUAGAAUCUGCCAACGCGCUGCAGUUUGUCGCCAACUAUUUAUUAGAUCACUGCAAGGCAGUGGAACAACCCAAGUAUCGGAAAACUUUAGUGGGACUAGAAAUUUUGAAAAUGUUGGAAAAUAAAGAUAGAGCUUUAUACAUUCAUUUGAUAAAAGAACCAUUAUUGAUACUGGAACAAUUAUUAAUGAAUUGUAAAUUUGAAAAUAUUCAAAAGAUUUUAGAUACCUUACACGACGAUUUACAACAUCCCGAUAUAGACAUUAGCAAGUUUGACAGAGUUAUAAGAUUUUACGCUAAAAAGUCGUUAGACUUCCGUGUAUCGUUCCAACGUGAUGGUGUCGAGAAUAGAAUUAAAAAUAUUCCGCAAUCUAAUCCUGAGAUAGAAAAUAAUGAAUUUGUUAUGCCUGUUAAUGUACCUACUAAAGAAGAAUGGAUUCCUAACGAUAGGGCAAGAGAAUGCGGUUGUUGCAAAGUCGUAAUAUUUUCGAUGUUCAAUAGACGACAUCACUGUCGGCGAUGCGGCCGUGUUGUUUGCGCCACAUGUUCUCAGCAUCGCAUGCAGGUUGCCGGUUAUCCCAAUUCCGUGCUAGUACGUGUAUGCGAUGAUUGUAAACGUCAAACAGUAUUGCAAAUGCGUGCGGCGCAAAAUGCUCCGUCAACAACCAGCAGUGAGGUUUUUGAUUAUUGGCGAUUGACAAGAGACGAAAAGCACAAUCGCACUAUAAGAGAAGAGUUUUCGUUCGAAUAUGCGCCUAAUAUUUCGCUCUGUCUCGCCAUUCUUAAUUUGCACUUGGAUCCUAAGAUGUAUACAAGCUUUUUAUUGGACCGUUGCGAUGAAAUGAAGCAAUUGCUUCAACCUGUUAGCGGAGGUAAGAUAAACCCCGAAGUUGAUCACGCGGUAAUCAUCAAGAUGAUACGUUCUUUGUUAAUCGCGGCUAAGAUGAAGUGUGCGAAAUUUGGAUUCAACACUGGCCUCGCACACUGCGAUCGAUUCUUAUCGCAAGUGGAUCUGAUUGCGAUUCUAAUUCAGUCCGAUUGCGUGACUCUCAUACCGACAGACGAUCUCGACGAGCACACGUUGAGGAAGCUGCGUGAUCUCCUCACUGAAAAGGAGCAAUGGACAUUGGCAUUGGAUGUCAGUACGAAGGCAGGAUUGGACACACAGGGCGUAUGGGCUGCAUGGGGAAAAGCUUGUUUAAAAGUGGGAUAUUUGAAACAGGCAAGAGAAAAGUUUCACCAUUGCCUCGAUAAAAUUGUCGAUCACGAAGACCUUGACGAUUGGGUUGUAUUAUCUUAUCCUAAAGAAUCAGUCGAGAGUCCCAAGAGAGAAUUAACGGAAACAAUGACGUCCGCACUGAAAAAAAAUAAAAUAUCUGAUCAAGAGAAGAGAACCUGCAGAAUCGGUCACUCGAAGAGAACUGAAUAUUCCAAGUACCGGCCAUUGAAAGAUCCGCCGUUACUCACAGAAAUCCUGCAAAUAUUAGAUAAUUUGAGCAUACAUCGAUCUCGAACGCAGCAUCCGUCACAAUUAAAAUCUGACACAGCGCAAGAAAUCUUACAGACACUCAACAGUCUAAAGGCCAUCAGCCAAAAUCAGUUUAUUGUUAAAUAUCUGAUACCCGCUAAUCAAACAGUUUAUUAUCAAGAAAGUAUAUAUUAUCUAUUGGCAUAUGGAAGUUAUUCCUCUAUUUUACAGUUCUUUCUGAAACAUCAAGAGUUUGAUAAAUGUCUAGUAUAUAUCUUAGAAAACGAUGUAGAGUGCGAUUUGUUUCUUAACGGAGUUUACCUCUAUUGUUUAAAGAACGGUUACACCGAGAAACUUCACGAUGCGAUGAGAACGAAAGAUCCCACUUUAGUUAUUUGGAGAAAGUAUUUGAUAUAUGUUUGCCACUUUAUGGAAAGGAAGCAAUACUGGUACAUUUUAUAUCAGAUACAGCUCUUCAUGAAAGAUUGUAUAAGAGCGUCGAUGACGUGUAUCCGUUUUUAUAUUAACGAGACGAACACUUAUUCAGAUUUGCAUAACAAAGCACAUUUAUUACGAGAUGCACAAAAACAUCUAGAAUCGGAACUGCAAAUGGAAAAUUUGACUAAAAGAAGAAAAAGCAUAAAUUCCGGUCAUAGCAGCCAAAGUACCUUGGCAAUGGAGAUGGAACCUUCAGAAAUAGACAGACAUAUUAACACUAUAUGUAGACAGAUAGAAAUUGUCAAAUUUUUAGCAAAUUGUGAAAAAGAAGAAAGAGUCUCGACUGAUUUUUUAAACCUUUUCCCAGAUAUUGAUAGCGAUAACUCUCAGACGUUUCAGUUGCCUACGUUAUUUGGUAAUCAACAACAGAAGAUACAUUUAGCUGUUCUAGCUAUAUUGUGUGGUCGUGAUAUUGGGGAAGGAUUCGGCAUAGCUUUCAGGAUAAUGCAAGAUUAUAAUCUUCCUCAACAGAAAGUAUAUUCUUUAGCUGGUCAUGUAUUGGCUUUGAAAAAUAACACAGCCGCAAUUGAGCAAUUGAUCAAAUGUUGUCGCAGCUCUGGAGCACCCAAUGCACAUGUCAUCUCUGAUCAUGUUUUGACACAUUGUGUGAAAUUAUUAUUGACUCAUUCGUAUAGCGAACAGAAUCCGACACUCAAAAAUCAUAUAGAUAUUUUAAUCAGAUUGAUAAUCGAUACAGAACUUAGAAUAAAUGCAUACAUUGAAAGCAAACAAUUGAAGGCUGCAUAUCUGCUUGCAGUUAAGCAUUCUAGAGCACAAGAUAUAAGGAGAAUUUUAAAAGAAUCGGAUAGACUUGGUCAAAAUGCAAUUAAAGCGAUAUGCUUAAAGUGGUUGCAACAAGAACCAAAAGGAUAAGCAUUCAGAUGGUGAUUUGAAAAA